AUGGCCAGCAUACAGGAGUACACGAAAGAAGACGUUGCGCGCCACAACUCCAGAAAUGACUUGUGGAUCAUCGUACAUGGGAAAGGCAAGAGUCUCAUGAGAUUUUACAACGUCACUGAAUAUGUGCGCGACCACCCUGGAGGGCCAGACCUCCUCAUUGACGUCGCCGGCACCGACGCCACCGAAGCGUAUGAAGACGUUGGGCACUCGGACGACGCAAGUGCGGUCCUGAAGACAUUCUUAAUUGGCACGCUCAAGGGGGCACAAGAAUUCAAGCGUCCUACAGCCGUACGGCUGAUUCAGCAGAGUCCUUCAAAACCAGAAAGCGCAAAACAGUCGACAUUCUCAACAACCACUGUAGCACUCGUUACCAGCUCGCUUGGCGGCGCGGCGCUCUCGCUGUAUCUCAAAGCCGUCCCAAGCAUCCUCGACGUCCAUGGAUCAGUCGCCAGGUUCUACCAGCUCUCGUCGCACUGGAUACCAGAGGUUCGCCUACUGGACAGAGGUAUCCCACGGGGAGGAUUCUUCAACGGAUUCGUGACGGCAAGCGUUAUCUGCGCAGCAAUCGGUGGCAUUGUCGGCAUACAACUCUCCAAGUUCACCCAAAUUAACUUCGGCUUCGAAAGAUAUGCACCGCACAUGAAGAGUCGUAAGAUUCCAAAGAGCAACCCACAUCUUGCCAAGGGGUUCCUUGAGCCGAAGCAAUACAAGACCCUGCCACUCGUCAGAAAAGACACGCUUGCCCCCAACGUGUAUCGGUUCGUCUUCCAACUUCCCAGGCCACACGAUGUGAUUGGUCUUCCUAUCGGGCAGCAUGUAGCCAUCCAAGCAACCGUUAACGGAGCAUCGGUUUCCCGGUCAUACACGCCAACAUCGAACAACCUAGACCGAGGAGUUCUAGAACUGGUCAUCAAAUGUUACCCAGACGGCGUGCUGACGGGUCAAUACCUCGCGAACCUCCAGGUGGGCGAUCAAGUCCAAUUCCGCGGUCCCAAGGGCGCAAUGAAAUAUAACAAGGGACUAUGUAAGAAGAUCGGGAUGAUCGCAGGUGGAACAGGAAUCACCCCCAUGUACCAACUCAUUCGAGCCAUCUGUGAGGAUGACAGGGAUACGACUGAGGUUAGCCUAAUCUACGCCAACCGCAGCGAGGAGGAUAUCCUCCUUCGAAGUGAGCUUGAGACAUUUGCUCGAUGCUACCCUCGCAAUUUGAAGAUCUGGUACAUGUUGGACAACCCGCCCAAGAAAUGGGCUUACGGCAAGGGAUAUGUCACAGCAGAUAUCAUGAGGGAAAAGUUACCUAGCCCGUCGCCUGACACCAAGAUAAUGCUCUGUGGACCUCCUGGGAUGGUGAACGCAUCCAAGAAGGCCUUGGUGUCGUUGGGAUUCCAGGCUCCCGGUGCCGUUUCGAAGAUGACGGAUCAGAUUUUCAGUUUCUAG